GUGACCCGCCCCGCACACGGCGGGGACCGCCCCGGGGGUGGCGCUGGGGACACGCCGGGGUCCCGCAGCCCCUCCGCGGGUCCCCGGGGCCAUGAAGGUGAAGGUGAUCUCCGUGCUGGAGGACAACUACGUGUACCUGGUGAUCGAGGAGAGCAGCCGCAACGCCGUGGCCGUGGACGCCGCGGUGCCCCGGAGGCUGCUGGAGAUCGUCAGGAAGGAGGACGUGGUGCUCAAGGCCAUCCUCACCACCCACCACCACUGUGGCAGUGCCCGCUCUGCCCGCAGGGACCACGCCAGGGGCAAUGAGGAGCUGGCGCAGCUCCUGCCAGGCCUGCAGGUGUUCGGGGCUGACGAGCGCGUCGGGGCCCUCACCCACAGGGUCAGCCACGGCCAGGAGCUGGCGUUUGGGUCCAUCAGGGUGAGGUGUCUCUUCACCCCGUGCCACACCUCGGGCCACAUGUGCUACUUCAUGUGGGAGGACGAUUCCCCGGAUGCUCCAGCCCUUUUCUCAGGUGACACGCUGUUCGUGGGGGGCUGCGGGCAGUUCUUCGAGGGCACGGCGGAGCAGAUGCUCACCAACCUCACCCAGAUCCUGGGGGCUCUGCCCAGGGACACGAAGGUUUUCUGUGGCCACGAAUGCACCGUCAGAAACCUGAAAUUCGCCUUGAAGGUGGAGCCAGAGAAUGAAAAGGUGAAGGAGAAGCUGGCGUGGGCCAAAAGCAUAUCCACACUUGGACACCUCUGUUCCCCCGGCAGCAGCGGGAUGACGAGGACCUGCCCACGGUGCCCUCCACGCUGGAGGAGGAGUUCCUCUACAACCCCUUCCUGCGGGUCACGGAGGAGGCCGUGCAGAGGUUCACGGGCAGGACGGAGCCCGUGGAGGUGCUGCGGGCGCUGCGCUCCCAGAGGGACAACUUCAAGAAGCCCAAGGAGAGGCUCAACCCCCAGGCCGUGCUGGCCUUCGACUGGGGGCUCUUCGAGCCCUUCCUGGAGAAGAAGUGACACCCCCGUGGUGCCAGAGCUCCCUCCUGGCUGUGCCCAGCUGGGUUUUGUCUUUAAGCUGCUGUUGUGAGGCUGCUCUGCUCUGCUCUGCUCCCCUCUGGCUCCUGGGAUUGCCCGUGGAGCUCCUGGGACCCUCUGGA